ACGCGUGGCUAUUCACACAGUUGUUUAAUCGGUGARGGGAACACCGACCGACAAAACCCGCCGACAUUCUGUAAAGUAUGUAACAGAAGAUAGUUAAAAGUUAAAUUCUUCGUCAGAGUGAGUCCUCUCAUUUUGGCAUAUCUUCGAUUGUUUUGCACCUAAACGAAGAAGACAUGGAGCCGAUAACAAAGUGGACUCCCAAACAGGUUGUUGACUGGAUGAGAGGGCUGGAUGACAGCUUACAGCAGUAUGUUGGUAACUUUGAGCGGGAGAAGAUCAGCGGAGAACAACUACUGAAGAUCACGCAUCAGGACUUGGAGGAGCUGGGCRUAGCCAGGAUCGGACACCAGGAACUUGUUCUGGAGGCCGUCGAUCUGCUCUGUGCUCUGAACUAUGGAGUGGAAACGGAUAACUUGAAGAAUCUGGUGGUGAGGAUGAGAGCUGCAACCAGUAGUUUACACAUGGCUACGUCCGACCGCAGAAAAAGCCCAGCAUAUGAUGGCAGCAGCUCCCGCAAACCUCAGAACGACUUUCUUACCUCCGUAGUGGAGCUGAUCGGUGCUGCUAAGAGCUUUUUGGCUUGGCUCGACAGGACACCUCUUACUGGGAUCAGUGACUUCACAGCCAYCAAGAACAAGAUCAUUCAGCUGUGUCUGGAGCUCACCACUACAGUUCAACAGGACUGCAGCGUUUACGAGAUGGAAGAAAAGAUCCUUGAAGUUUCCAAGGUUUUGAACAAUAUCUGCGAUCAGACCGUGAGAACCACAUCUGACCCCCUCAUGAGCCAGUCUGCGUGCUUGGAGGAAGUCCAGCUGACUGACAUCAAGCCAGGCGAGGGUCUGGGAAUGUACAUCAAGUCUACGUAUGAUGGUCUACACGUUAUCACUGGAACCACCGAACAUUCUCCUGCAGAUCUAUCAAGGAAGAUCCAUGCAGGAGAUGAGGUGAUACAAGUCAAUCUGCAGACUGUGGUUGGCUGGCAGCUGAAAAAUCUUGUUUUUAAGUUGAGGGAGGACCCCAAAGGUGUGGUUCUACUACUUAAGAAGAGGCCCACCGGCACAGGUGGUUUCACCCCGGCCCCUCUUAAGAACAUGCGCUGGAAGCCUCCUGUACCACAGAAUAAUUCCUCUCUGAUCAGAGCUCAGUCUCCAUGCGGUUCAGCUAAUGGAUCAACCAAAAAGGAGAAGCCAGCAAUCCUAGACUUGUACAUUCCCCCUCCUCCUUCGAUGCCAUACACCCCAAGAGAGAUGAAAACAGAUUYGAUAUCAAACAUCAGUAAAAUACCAAAGGGCUCCGAGUCACCCAACUACUUCCUGGACCAGAAGAGCAGAAAACGCAACUCGGACAUGGAAYAUGACAAGUUCGGCUCCGGUUGUCCAAUUGAAGCUACGGUGAUGCAGCCCAGAAUGAGGGAACAUAGGCCUUCACGUGGUAAGCCACGGCCGCUGUCGAUGCCAGCUGAUACGUGUGUUAAAAUAGCUGAUACAUAUGCUAAACCCUGGGCACAAGGCAGGAAAGGUGAGGACCUGCUCUACAGAUACCUGAGUAACGAGCGGAUCCCCACCAUUGCUGAAGAGGUCCCAUCAGUAUCUUCGCCAUACAGGCCUGCAGCGGAGCGUCACCUCAUCCGAGUGGACCACGUCCGGGGCAGCCGCUACUAUUCCAACUCAGACCUCCACAACAGCGCCACCAUCCCCUACCAGGAAGACAUGAAAAAGGCCGCCGUGACCUCCAUCUCAAAGCGGGCGCCGGCAGAACGCUCACUACUGGAACCUGGCUGGUUCUCCAGCAGUGACUUCCUGAACCGAUACAAUCAACCACAUUUCCGAUCUUGGUCCUUCUCUCAAGCCGCUGUUUUCCCCAUAUCCGUCACACCUUCAAUGGCUGCUGAUGACUACAACCCUGUCUCCCUGCGACACAAACCAAAGAAGAAGAGCAGAGGAGGCGAUGGUAUAAUGAGCAGGAGGCGCGUGUCGGUCAAAGAUCUUGGUCACCCGGACCACCAGGGCUGGCUGUACAGAAAGAAGGAGGGAAAAGGCUUCCUGGGGAUCAAAUGGAAGAAGUACUGGUUUGUUCUGAAGAAAACAGCUCUGUACUGGUACACCAAUCAACUGGCAGAGAAGGCUGAGGGCUACAUUGACCUCACCAGCUUCGUGAUAGACGUUGCCACUGAGUGCAAGAAGAAACAUGCGUUUAAAGCRUGCCAUCCUAAAGUAACAAUGUUUUAUUUUGCGGCUGAGAAUCACGAGGACAUGAACCUAUGGUUGAAUAAACUCGGGCUAGCAGCCAUUCAGUAUGGGCGCACAGAUCAGAGCCCUGCAGCAGAGUGCUACAGUGAAGCCAGUGAUCAUGAAGAAGCUGAAAGCAUAGAGAUCCCUCCUCCACCUUACUCUGAACAGACUCUGCGGGGCACAGUAAACGUGUCGGACCCACCUGGCAGCACACAUCAGGGUACGCUUCCUCCUCCGUACUCCACCGCCGUUCCCAGCGACUCGCUCUCCUCCCCCGUCAGUACGAUGACGUCGCAGAGCUCCGCCUCCUCGCUAACCAAGCAGCGGCAGUCCUGGUUGGAUCUGGUGUCGCAAGCGCCUCCGCCGGCCGCGGAAACGGCGGUGGUGUGCUCGGUCCAGGUUCACUCGCAGGCAGCCCCACGGCAGGAGGCGAACAAGGGGGCAGUGUCGGAAAGCACUGCUCCUCUGGGCUCCUCUCGGCCUGACGAGGAGACGCCUGCAGCACAGGGAGAGAAACAGAAAACUGUCUCAGGGCUUCCAAAAGAAGCUGAUCGUGGGAAUGGCUCGGAUGAGUUGGAAAGGCUGUAUAUUCAUCUGAAAGAGGCCAGCCUCUCGCCAAUAGGAGACCGUAAACCCUCUACAAAAAGGGAGUUCAGGGCCUCCUUUGUAAAACGCUGUAAAAACCAGACCGUUAACGAUAAGCUGCACCAUAUCAGGGCUCUCAAUAGCACAUUAAAGUCAAAAGAAGCGGAUUUGCAGGCAAUAGAACAGGUGCUGUCAAACCCAGAGCUUACCUCAGACAGGUUCAGGCAGUGGAAGGAGGCGAAUGCGCUCCUGAUUCAUGAAAUUUGCGUCAAAGACGACCACGAGGAGGCGCCAGAGGCUGUGGAGGCUGCAGAACCGGCUGUUGAUGCUCCUUUGUCAGAGACAGGUUUAUAGACUGAGUUUGGACUUUAAGGACUUUGUUAUUGAAUCUUAUGUGAGACAUACACACUGUUGUGAUUUAGUGAGUUGACUCUUCAGUUCCAUGUAGAGGAUUAGCGAAUGCCUUUCAACACAUAACUGGAUCUAUGAAGUGUUUUUAGUUCCAGCUUGGACAUGGAAACAGCUAAUAAGAAAACUAGAUUUAGUAUUAUUUUUACUGUUCAGCUUGUAGAAUUAGCUAAUUUUACAAGUGAGUGUUUUUAUGUUGUAAUUUUUUAAAACAUCUGCAUGAUCCCUUUUUGUGUGAAACAAUGGAGUAUUUUGAAACUGGUCUGCAUGGAAACACUGUUUUUUUAAGGUAUAAUUUAUCUACUUUGGAUUUGUCUGUAGAGAACAAAUUCUUGUUUGUUUUUUUAAAGAUGUUGUUUGCCAGUUAUUGGUGCCAUGCACCAUCAAUGUCUGUUACACAACAAUCCCACAGCAAGGAUUUGUUUGGACACUUCAUGAUAUAAUGUCAUAUUAGUAACCUUUUCAAGACUGAAACUACGCUUUGUACUAACAAAAUAAAUAAGAAAUCCUGAUCA